UUUGUUUGGAGUGUCUCGGUCCUCUGCCGAGUCUCAAGAGGCGUUCACAUCAUCCGCUCCACUCUGGAUAUUUGGACUACGGCUGAUUUGUCUGACAUCACCUCUAACUGAAACACUUGCCGGGGAAAAGAUGGCUGUUAUUUCCUGGGAUAAGAAACUCUUGAACUUGCUGAACUUGUUUACAGCUGGCAGGAAAAAGUGAAACUUUCUUGAUGGGCAGCCUUGUUAGUAUGACCAAGCGCCAUGGGUAAUAUGUGUGGAUGUGUGAGGGGCUCUAAGGAGGAGUGUUAUGUUGAUCCCACGAAAGCCCCAAUCAGCCCUGCACAAAAGGAGCUCAGUGGACGCCGAUACUUUCAAAGGAGGAAGAAGAGGAAAUCCGCAGAGUUCAGUGCUACUGACUCAUUGAGAAGCCAUGGGGCUGAGAGCUGUAGGAGUGAUGACCUGGAGGAUGUCACAUCCGGUAGGAAUUCCCUCAAUCGGGUUGAUGCAUUGAACUCGAAGCAAGACGAGGUUCCAAGGCCCAGGGAGCCCAGUAUCAGCCAUGGGGUCUAUGUUGGAGAAGUCCCAGUUCCCCGAGGUAAAAGCGGUAAAAGACCAGGUGUUCAUCAGAUGGAUAAGGACAAAAGCAGGCCCACUGCAGAGCAUAAUCUACGUGGGGUCACCAAGAGCUCCAGAAGCAUCGCCUCAAAGGAUGGCCUUUUUGAAAAGAAACUCUUGCGGAGGCAGUUGAGGAGGGCGGCGAGUUUUGGAGCGGUGGAACAUAUGCUCCAGACACUGAGAGGAAAAGGCUUUUCAAGGAGCAGUGUGGAUCAUCAGUUGGAAAACAUGGAGGAGUUCUCCAAAAUUAUAUGGGACACUCAAGUGCACAGGAAGCGGAGGAGGGCCCACACUUGCUCGGGAGGUUUAGUUUCCCAGGCUACGUUGGAUACUGUCCAACAAGAUCUUAAACAUGCUUCUACUGAACAGCAGGAGAUCUCGGACAUCCACGUGACAGGAGAGUCCGAGGACAUGACAGCCAAGGAGAGACUUCUGCUGUGGUCCAAGCAGAUGACCGAAGGCUAUGUAGGCGUCCGCUGUGACAACUUCACUACCUCGUGGAGGGAUGGACGACUGUUCAAUGCUAUUAUUCAUAAGUACAGGCCCGACCUGGUUGAUAUGAGCAAAGUAUCGACACAAAGUAGCAGAUCCAACUUAGAACAAGCGUUUGGUGUGGCCGAGCAGCUUGGUGUGGCCCGACUGCUGGACCCAGAGGAUGUGGAUUUGUCAUCUCCGGACGAGAAGUCUGUCAUUACUUAUGUAUCAACGUUAUACGACAUCUUCCCGAAAGUACCGGAGGGUAUGGAGGGCAUCAGUGCAAAUGAUGUGGACAUUAAAUGGGUGGAAUUCCAGAACAUGGUGAAGUACCUCAGCCAGUGGAUCAAACACAAUGUGACUGUUAUGUCAGACAGAAAUUUCCCCAGCAAUCCUGUGGAACUUAAGGCACUUUAUACACAGUAUCUACAGUUUAAAGAGAAUGAAAUACCACCGAAAGAAAACGAAAAGGCCAAAAUCAAGCAUCUCUACAAAAUGCUAGAGGUGUGGAUAGAGUUCGGUCGCAUCCAGCUUCCUCAAGGAUACCAUCCUAAUGACGUGGAGAAGGAAUGGGGCAAGCUGAUCGUGGCCAUGCUGGAGAGAGAGAAGAGCCUGAGGCCUGAAGUGGACAGACUUGAAAUGCUACAGCAGAUUGCAAACAGAGUUCAGCGAGACUGCGUAGCCGGAGAGGACAAAUUAGCGUUAGCGCGGACGGCUCUGCAGUCGGAUGCCAAACGGUUGGAAUCAGGAAUCCAGUUUCAGAAUGAAGCAGAGACCGCUGGUUACCUUCUGGAGUGUGAGAACUUAUUGAGGCAGCAAGUGCUGGAUAUCCAGCUUUUACUGGAUGGGAAAUUCUACUUGGCUGAUCAGCUCGUUCAAAGGGUAUCUAAGCUCCGUGAUGACCUGUUGGCUUUGAGGACAGAGUGUUCAACCGUCUACAGCAAAGGACGCACACUGACCUCAGAACAGACCAAGAUGAUGAUCUCUGGCAUCACGCAGAGUUUGAACUCAAACUUUUCCCCAAACUUCAGUGCCGGACUGUCUCCUGCGCUCACUCACGGAGGCCUGGUCACAUCGGGCGGCAGCCCUGCGAUGAGCCCAGCUAUGACACCCAGCAUGCAGCCUGCCGCGGUCCAGACUUACCUCAGCGGCAGAGGAGGAGGAGGAGGAGGAGGCAUGGAGCCCGGGGUUCUUCAGCAGCUCAAACACAUGCAGAUCCGCAAGCCCAUGCUCAAAUCCUCAUUCCUGGAUCCCAACUUGACCGAGGAUGAGGUUAAUGUGAAGUUUGUGCAGGAUCUGCUUAGCUGGGUUGAGGAAAUGCAGGUUCAGCUUGAUCAAGCAGAAUGGGGAUCUGAUGAUGCCAAACGGUUGGAAUCAGGAAUCCAGUUUCAGAAUGAAGCAGAGACCGCUGGUUACCUUCUGGAGUGUGAGAACUUAUUGAGGCAGCAAGUGCUGGAUAUCCAGCUUUUACUGGAUGGGAAAUUCUACUUGGCUGAUCAGCUCGUUCAAAGGGUAUCUAAGCUCCGUGAUGACCUGUUGGCUUUGAGGACAGAGUGUUCAACCGUCUACAGCAAAGGACGCACACUGACCUCAGAACAGACCAAGAUGAUGAUCUCUGGCAUCACGCAGAGUUUGAACUCAAACUUUUCCCCAAACUUCAGUGCCGGACUGUCUCCUGCGCUCACUCACGGAGGCCUGGUCACAUCGGGCGGCAGCCCUGCGAUGAGCCCAGCCAUGACGCCCAGCAUGCAGCCUGCCGCGGUCCAGACUUACCUCAGCGGCAGAGGAGGAGGAGGUAAGCCCAUGCUCAAAUCCUCAUUCCUGGAUCCCAGCUUGACCGAGGAUGAGGUUCAUAUGAAGUUUGUGCAGGAUCUGCUUAGCUGGGUUGAGGAAAUGCAGGUUCAGCUUGAUCAAGCAGAAUGGGGAUCUGAUCUACCGAGUGUUGAAUCAAAUUUAGGGAAUCAUAAAGAUUUUCACAAAGCCAUCGAAGAAUUCCAGAUGAGCAUUAAAGAAGCCAAAAUGAGUGAGAUUCAGAUGACCCAGCCACUGAAGCAGAGUUACUCUGAGAAGCUGAAUAAGUUAGAAAGCCAGUACAGGAGGCUGCUGAAAUGCUCCAGUGAGAGGCAGAAACACCUGGACAGCCUGUAUGAUUUUGUGUCCCGCGCCACUCAGGAGCUGAUCUGGCUCAAUGAGAAGGAGGAAGAGGAAGUGGCUUUCGACUGGAGUGAGAGGAACAGUAACAUUUCAAGGAAGAGGGAUUAUCAUGCAGAUCUCAUGAGAGAACUGGAUGACAAGGAGGAGGUGAUCAAGUCAGUACAGGAGAAGGCAGAGAGCCUCCUUCAGGAGAACCAUCCUGCCAGAUUGACCAUCGAGGCAUACAGAGCAGCCAUGCAGACUCAGUGGAGCUGGAUACUGCAGCUCUGUCACUGUGUGGAGCAACAUCUGAAAGAGAACGCUGUCUACUUUGACUUUUUCAGCGAUGCCAAAGAGUCAUUGGAUUACCUUAAGAGCCUCCAAGAUGCCAUCCACAGAAAGUACAGCUGCGACCGAAGCAGCAGUUUACAUCGCCUCGAGGAUCUAAUUCAAGAGUCCAUGGAUGAGAAAGAACAGCUCCUGAAAUACAGCAGCACGGUGGGUGGAUUAGUGGGACGGGCAAAGUCCGUUGUUCAGCUCAAAGCCCGCAACCCAGAGAAUCCCAUCAGGACCUCCAUACCCGUCAAAUCCAUCUGUGACUACCGCCAGAUAGAGAUCACCAUUAGCAAAGAAGAUGAGUGUGUUCUAGUGAGCAAUUCUCACAGGGCAAAGUGGAAAGUGAUCAGUCCAUCUGGAAAUGAGGCCAUGGUGCCUUCAGUCUGCUUUAGUGUACCACCACCCAACAGGGAGGCCACUGAAAUGGCAAGCAGGAUCGAGCAGCUGUAUCAGAAUGCUCUGGCUCUGUGGCAUCACUCUCACAUUAACAUGAAGAGCGUCGUGUCCUGGCACUAUCUGAUGACUGACAUCCACGCCAUCCGCAAAAGCACUGUUGCCUCGAUCAAGACCCUAUUGCCAGGUGAUCACGAGCAGGUGCUGAGCAGCCUGCAGUCCCACUUUGAGGACUUCCUGAGGGACAGCGAUGAAUCGGAGGUUUUCACGGUGGCUGAUUGUGCCCAGCUGGAAAAGGAGGUUCUGGCGUGUAAGGAGUACUAUGAGGAACUCCUCAAAUCUGCAGAGAGAGAAGAACAUGAGGAGUCCGUGUACAACCUCUUCAUAUCUGAGGUGCGUAACUUCCGCAUGCGGGUGGAGGGUCAUGAGGAACAGCUGAUUCGGAAAAUACGUACCCCGCUAGACAGAGACGACCUGCAGGAGUGUGUGCUGCGCAUCACCGAACAGGAGAAGAAGAAGGUAGAGCUGGAUAGGUUGAAGGAUGACCUAGAGUGCCUGAGAGAGAAGUGUGACGUUUUCCUCAGGCAAGCAGCUGCCUCUCCAUCCGUCCCUACACUUUCCUCUGAGCUCAACAUCCUCACUCAGAGCACGAACCAGGUCUACUCCAUGUGCUGCAUCUACCUGGAGAAGCUGAAGACAGUGAGUUUGGUGGUGAAGCACAGUCAGAGUGCCGAAGCUCUGGUCAAACUUUAUGAAGCUAAGUUGUGCGAGGAGGAUACAAUCAAUGCUAAUAUCAAAUCUAUCGAUGGCGUCAUGAGCACUCUUAAGCAAUGGAGGUCUGAAAUCGAUGAAAGACGUGAGGUAUUCCAUGACUUGGAGGACGAGCUGCAGAAGGCACGAGUGGUCAGUGAGCGAAUGUUCAAAACGCACAACGAGAGAGACUUUGAUUUGGAUUGGCACAAGGAGAAGGCCGACCAGCUCAAAGAACGAUGGCAAAACAUCCACUCUCAGAUUGAAAACAGGCUCCGAGACCUGGAAGGCAUCAGCAAGUCACUUAAGUACUACAAAGACACGUAUAACAGCCUGGAUGAAUGGAGCGAAGAAAUGGAAGCCAAGCAGCUCAAGGCCCAAGAGAAUCAACCCGAGGAUAGCAAGGCAUUGGCUGAGUUCCUUAACCAGCAGAAAGUUUUGGUCACAGAAAUUGAACAAAAACAAAGCAAAAUUGAGGAGUGCCAGAAGUAUUCAGAGCAGUAUGCAGUUGGAGUGAAAGACUAUGAACUGCAGUUGAUGACUUACAGAGCCAUGGUUGACUCUCAGCAUAAGUCUCCAGUGAAGAGAAGGAAGAUGCAGAGUUCCUCUGACGUCAUCCAGCAAGAGUUUAUGGACCUUCGAACACGUUACACAGCCCUGGUUACUCUGAUGACGCAGUAUGUUAAGUUUGCCGGUGAAACACUGAAGAGGGCGGAAGAGGAUGAGAGGUCUGUUGAGGAUGAGAAGAAAGAGCAUGGCGAUAAGGUUAACAAGUUGUUAAAUUGGAUGAAAACGAAUCCAAACAAAGAUGGAAAGGCUCAAAGUGAUGGCAAACCCAGCACUGAGGGCACUAGUAAGCCCCAGGUAAACAAGUCAAACUACCUGAUUGUUUUUUCAUUGUUUUGUUCAACAGGUCUUCAGCUUUGGAUCUUACGGUUUAAUUCAUCUGUAGCUGUUUUAAUGUCAGCAUCUUGUCAACAUAGUGAGCAUUUCAGGGAACUGCUUUCAUCAUUUCCAAACGUUGCUAAUGUCAAACACAUCAGAACAUACACAUUUCCAUUGUUAUGUUUCAUGUCACUGGAGGAGAUGGUGACAAAGAAGGAACAAAUUGGAGAAGCAUUGAGAACUACCCAGCUUAUGCUAACCAAACACAGUGACAAAAUGACUGAAGAAGAAAAGCAAGAAGGAAAAGAACAGCUGAAAUCUCUUCAUCAGGCCUACAGCGAGCUCUCUCAACAGUGUGCAGAUGCAGCUUCCUCAGCUGAUCAGGCACUGCAGGUCAUCCAAGGGAUUCUGGAUGUUGAAAGUGGAGCUGUCAUGUCUGUGUGUUACUCUGUGAACAAUGGCUUCAUCAACCAAAACACAGGACUUGGUCUUCUAGAGGCACAGCUUAUAACCACUGGACUCAUUUGGCCUGAACAGCACUUGUAUAUGGACUUAGAGGAAGCAUUCAAGAACAAACUUGUGGAUAAUGCAAUGCGCAAGCAACUGCAAGACUUGAAUGAAACUAAAAAAUGUCUUCAGGAUCUUCAGUUUGCUUUAGAACCCUUGCCGGUUAUGGCAGCGCUGGAAAAUGGGGCUAUAUCUGAGCAAACAGCUAUGAAGGUCAUUGAAAUCCAGCUAGCGACUGGAGGGUUAAGACUGACAUACACUGGUGAUAUUCUACAUCUGGAAGGGGCUUUUCAACUUGGCCUGAUACCUCAGUCGCUCUUUAUCCAGAUAUUGGAGAAGAAGGACACAUGGAAGAACUUGAUUGACCCCAACACUGCAGAAAAAGUCACACUUAGUCAGCUUGUGCAGAGAAGCAUGAUGCACGAGCGGACAGGACUUCGCCUGCUUCCAGUGAAACGUAGAAAAGAUGGAACUAUAUCCCUGACAUCUGGAAGAGAGAUCAACAUUAUGAAAGCCAUGCACGAGGGCAUCAUUGAUAGAGAGACCAUGUUUCGGUUGCUGAGCACCCAGUUGUUUGCUGGAGGCAUAGCUGACGCCAAAACUGGCCGAAAGCUGACUGUUGAGGAGGCCUUAUCUGAGGGUCUGAUCGAUCAGGACACUGCGAGUGAGAUACUGAGCCAUCAGGCCCAAAAUGGUGGCAUUGUUAAUCCUUGCAACGGGGCGAGACUUACAGUCGAUGAGGCUGUCCAGUGUGACUUAAUAAGCUCCAGCAGUGCGUUGUUAGUUCUGGAGAGACAGAAAGCCUUCAUGGGUCUCCUUUGGCCUAACGCUGGUGAAAUUCUCUCGUUCUCCACCUCUCUUCAGCAAAACAUAAUCACAGACAAACUGGCGUCUGAGCUGCUGCAUAACCGGCACAAAAUAACAGCCUUGUACAUACCUGAAACCUCUGAGGUAGCUGACAUUGAUUCUGCGGGGGAGAAUAACUUAAUUGAGACAUUUACAAAAGAGUUGUUGAAGACCAUAGAAAUCCCAGAUGUGGUCCCUGAUAUAGAUGAACUGAAUAACAGGUUUUCAUCCUGGCUGGUAAUGCGGGAGCUUCAAAUCGAUGGAUCUUGUUCAUCCGGUGAAGAAAUCAGUGACGAAAACAGCUCAGAUGGACCAUCUCCCUCUGAGGCGAAACAGUUAUUUAUUUCCUACCUCAUGAUGAAUAGCUAUAUGGAUCCUUCACAGAUGCAUGCACUGCAGGUCAUCCAAGGGAUUCUGGAUGUUGAAAGUGGAGCUGUCAUGUCUGUGUGUUACUCUGUGAACAAUGGCUUCAUCAACCAAAACACAGGACUUGGUCUUCUAGAGGCACAGCUUAUAACCACUGGACUCAUUUGGCCUGAACAGCACUUGUAUAUGGAUUUGGAGGACGCAUUCAAGAACAGACUUGUGGAUGACGCGAUGUGCAAGCAACUGCAAGAGUUGAAUGAAGCUAAAAAAUGUCUUCAGAAUCUCCAAUUUGCUUUAGAACCCUUGCCGGUUAUAACAGCCCUGGAAAAUGGGGCUAUAUCUGAGCAAACAGCAAUAAAGAUCAUUGAAAUCCAGCUUGCAACUGGAGGGUUAAGACCGACAUACACUGGUGAUAUUCUACAUCUGGAAAGGGCUUUUCAACUUGGCCUGAUACCCGAGUCACUGUUUAUCCAGAUAUUGGAGAGGAAGGAUAGUUGGAAGAACUUGAUUGACCCCAACACUGCAGAAAAAGUCACACUUAGUCAGCUUGUGCAGAGAAGCAUGAUGCACGAGCGGACAGGACUUCGCCUGCUUCCAGUGAAACGUAGAAAAGAUGGAACUAUAUCCCUGACAUCUGGAAGAGAGAUCAACAUUAUGAAAGCCAUGCACGAGGGCAUCAUUGAUAGAGAGACCAUGUUUCGGUUGCUGAGCACCCAGUUGUUUGCUGGAGGCAUAGCUGACGCCAAAACUGGCCGAAAGCUGACUGUUGAGGAGGCCUUAUCCGAGGGUCUGAUCGAUCAGGACACUGCGAGUGAGAUACUGAGCCAUCAGGCCCAAAAUGGUGGCAUUGUUAAUCCUUGCAACGGGGCGAGACUUACAGUCGAUGAGGCUGUCCAGUGUGACUUAAUAAGCUCCAGCAGUGCGUUGUUAGUUCUGGAGAGACAGAAAGCCUUCAUGGGUCUCCUUUGGCCUAACGCUGGUGAAAUUCUCUCGUUCUCCACCUCUCUUCAGCAAAACAUAAUCACAGACAAACUGGCGUCUGAGCUGCUGCAUAACCGGCACAAAAUAACAGCCUUGUACAUACCUGAAACCUCUGAGGUAGCUGACAUUGAUUCUGCGGGGGAGAAUAACUUAAUUGAGACAUUUACAAAAGAGUUGUUGAAGACCAUAGAAAUCCCAGAUGUGGUCCCUGAUAUAGAUGAACUGAAUAACAGGUUUUCAUCCUGGCUGGUAAUGCGGGAGCUUCAAAUCGAUGGAUCUUGUUCAUCCGGUGAAGAAAUCAGUGACGAAAACAGCUCAGAUGGACCAUCUCCCUCUGAGGCGAAACAGUUAUUUAUUUCCUACCUCAUGAUGAAUAGCUAUAUGGAUCCAAAGUCAGGCCAAAGGCUGUUGAUCUUUGAUUGGCAGUUAAAUAAAAUGGCUAAAUUACUCUUUGAAACAUCAGAAUCAGAAGAUGUAGAUGAGAUUAGCGGACUUUAUAUGAAUGUUUCAGAAGAGCCUCCACUGAAUAACAGCAUUCCUGACAAUGCCAACGCUAGUCUGAAUGUCGAUUAUAGUGCUUUGGGAGAAUUGCAAAUAUGUGAAUCUUUGGAAAGCACAACAGAAGAAGAGCAUGAAGUGGUGAAUUCCAAUGCAUUACAGAAUUGCCUAAAACCUACUCUACCCUCUGAAUCGGUUGUAAAUACUGUAGAAACAGAUCACAAAUGUGAUAUUUUCCUAGACAGUGUUGAACAUAUGCCUGUAAUUGAAACUAACAAACUGCCUAAGGAUUCUAAAAGUUCAUACACAGACAAGUGCCAAUUAGACAUAAGUGACGUAGCUUCCACUCAGCCGUCGAAUGCAAUGCAGUUACCACAAACAGCCUUUUCUAUAGCAGCAACUGCCUCAAGUCUGUGCUCGAUGGAAGUGAAUCCCGAAUGUCAUGAUGCCAGUAAAGACCAGGAAAAACAUUCAAAACACUCACCACUAUCGUCCAGUGAAACAACCAGCUAUACAGAAAUGCCCUCUGAAUUUCCACAUACAGAUGUUGUGUGGGAUGACAAACUUGAGAGAGAUUAUGCCAUCCAUCUUCUUAGGGCACAAGUGGAGGAAGGUGGGAUUUUGGAUGUCACCUCUGGAAAACGGUAUGACCUUGCAGCUGCUCUCGAUAAAGGCCUUAUUGAUGAAGAGACUGUCUUAGAAGUACUCGCACUGCAGCUUCAAGAGGAUGGUUUGAAAGAGAACGAAAAUGCUGCUUUGUCAGUUCUGAAAAUUUCUGUCAGUAAAGGCUGCAUCUCAAGUAAGGUAGCACUACAGAUCAUGGAAAAGCAGAACCUUCUUGGUGGUUUCUAUGAUGCAGCAGUUGGAAGAACCAUUAGCGUUUGUGAUGCUUUAGAGACGGGUCUGAUUACUGAUGAUCUCAGCAGAAGUGUUCUCUAUUCAGAGGCAAUCAGGAAGGCCAUCAUUGAUCCAGAGGGGAAGUGUGUGCUCAGUGUAAAUGAUGCCCAUCAGUCUGGGAUGUUGGAUGAUGAAGAGGCUGAGGGGAUGCUACAUUCACAGCAGAAUGAAAGGGAAGACAUCAUGGUGCCUGAUUUAGCAAAAAGAGGACAAAUAAGCUUGAGAUCAGAUGAAGCCACACAGAAUAGCGAACAAAGUGCAGACAUCUUCAACCAGUCUCAAGCUGGAGAUACAGUGGUUGCUGAAGGUGUACACCAGGAUGACCUUCAUUUACCUCACAUGAUGGAUGGAGCAAGUAUGGACAAGACUCGAAAACAAAAAAGCCAAACCAUCGAUAGCAUUAUUGAAAUUAUUCAGCACCACUCUGGAAUCUCACCAACCAAUCAUCCCAACUCAAAUGAGAGAGGUGGGGAUCCAGAUAUCCUUAUGGAUUUGAAAAAACAUGAAGGACCAAGAGAAGCUCAGAACUGGCCAUCUGAUGAAAGUAAUGAUGAACUAAAGCAUCAGACUGAUCUGCUGGUGAUGAUUCAGAGGAUCUCCACAAGCAGAGAUCAAGAAAUGCUCAAGGAAGUGGAUGGAAAGCUAAGCAGUUUUUUGGAGUGCACUGCCCUGAGAGAUGAAAGCAUGGAAGCUAAAAGCAUUGCUGUUCCAACCACAUAUGCUGCUGCUACAGAUGAUGCCUUCCAACCAAUCGGCUCUAUCCACCAGGUCUCCAUGGCAGAGGAUCCAAACAUAAAGCAAACAGAUGGCGUCAAACUGAGAAGAUAUUCCACCCAGAAUUACUUGGAAUGUGUUGGGAGGCUUCAGGAUCAUUGCGAUACUCUUGAAGAUAUAAGAAGUGACUUGCAGACCAAGGGUCCAUUAGCAGAAGACAUUGAGGGGUUGCAUAGUCAAUUAGAGGAAGUUCAGGACAUAGAGAAAGACUUAUCAGGAACCCGGCAGCUCCUGGAAGACGCUGCUUUUGAUAUCCAAAACUUCAUUUCUGAGCAUGCUCAGUUCCUGAGUCCGACUCAUAGCAGAUACCUUCUAAGGGCUCUCAGCGCUACCCAGAGAUCCUACAAAGAGCUCAUGGACAGAGUCUUCACUCAGAGACAAACUCUAGAGGUCCAACUGGAGAUCCGUGAGGAGGAGAAUCAGCAUAAGGCUGCUGUGGAGAAGCAGAGGGAGUUUUCAGAAAAGCUGCAGGAGCUGUUUGAUGAUCUGACACAGACAGAAAACCGCCUCAUUGGCCACCAGCAGCAGGCUGCCAGUGCAAAGACUGUGGGAGACCUCCAGCAAUACCAACAAGAGCAUCAGGCUAAUGCCAGUGCUCUCAAUGAAGUCAUCAGUAGCACAAAUAAGUUUCUGGAGGAGAAUCGUAGCAAACUCACUCCAGAGCAAAUAUCGGCUCUUGAAAACAAACUGGAGGAAUUGAAGAGCAAAGUGAACAUGCUUAACCAGAGGGCAGAAGAGUCAAGGAAAGAUCUAGAGAAGGUUUUGACCAGUGCUAUCAAGCAGGAGACUGAGACGGUAGCAGCUGUUGAACAACUUGAAGAGAGCAAAACUAAGAUCGAGGGUCUUCUAGACUGGAUCUCUAACGUUGGGAAAGAGAAAGAAAUGGGUGGAAUACAAAAGGACCAGAUGGUUAAACAGAAUGGAAACAUGCCUGAGAACACAUCAGUGAAGAGAAUAAUUGGAGAGGAAGAUGAUCCUAAUGGAAAUGCAUUAGAUACUACAGACAACACAAGUCUGCGUACUGGCGAAAAACAAGACGGUAUAAACCUGGACCUGGACCAGCAGUUUAACAGGGUUCAAGCUCUACAGAAAGACCUGCAGGCUAAUGCCAGUGCUCUCAAUGAAGUCAUCAGUAGCACAAAGAAGUUUCUGGAGGAGAAUCGUAGCAAACUCACUCCAGAGCAAAUAUCGGCUCUUGAAAACAAACUGGAGGAAUUGAAGAGCAAAGUGAACAUGCUUAACCAGAGGGCAGAAGAGUCAAGGAAAGAUCUAGAGAAGGUUUUGACCAGUGCUAUCAAGCAGGAGACUGAGACGGUAGCAGCUGUUGAACAACUUGAAGAGAGCAAAACUAAGAUCGAUGGUCUUCUAGACUGGAUCUCUAACGUUGGGAAAGAGAAAGAAAUGGGUGGAAUACAAAAGGACCAGAUGGUUAAACAGAAUGGAAACAUGCCUGAGAACACAUCAGUGAAGAGAAUAAUUGGAGAGGAAGAUGAUCCUAAUGGAAAUGCAUUAGAUACUACAGACAACACAAGUCUGCGUACUGGCGAAAAACAAGACGGUAUAAACCUGGACCUGGACCAGCAGUUUAACAGGGUUCAAAGUCUUCAAGGGCAAACAACGUCCCGUCAGGCUGCGGUGGAUUCGCUGAGAAAAACAGCUGAUGCUUUGAUCAGCGCAGAGGGAGACCUGCUGUCCCAUCCAGAGGAGAUUCAGGAGACAGUGGAUGACAUCAUAGAGAGAUACGACAACCUGUCGAAGUCAGUGAGUGACCGCAAUGAGAAGCUGCAGGUGACUCUGACGCGCUCCCUGAGUGUGCAGGACGGCCUGGAUGAGAUGAUGUCCUGGAUGGAGAAGGUGGAAGAGAGCGUGAAGGAGACGGCAAAAGUGCCGCUGGACUCCAGCUCUAUUGCAGAUGCUCUUAGCAAGGAGGCAGCUCUGGAGCAGGACAUGUCCAGCAGGCAGAGCAGCAUCUUGGCCAUGAAGGCAAAGGUGAAGAAGUUUGUGGAGAGCGCUGAGCCGGCCGCUGCCGUCCUCCUGCAGGCUAAGAUGGAGGGCUUGUCCCAGCGGUUUACUGACGCCUCUGAGCGGCACAAGCAGAAGGUGGCUCAGAUGGAGGAGCUCAGAGACAAGGUGGAGCAGUUUGAGAAGACAUUUGAGAAGGUGCAGCAGUUUGUACUGAAGAGCUCACAGGCUCUCUCCGAGACAGACGGGCCAGGAAAGAACGUCGCUGAGCUCUCCCAGCUCAUCCAGAUCAUCUUGGACACAAAUGCAGAGUUAGCCGAGCACGCAAAGGACAUGGAAACGCUCCAGAAACUGACUGAGGAACUCGGCAAGCUGGGUCCAGAAGGAAGCACAGCUCUUCUUCAGAGCAAGAUGCAGAACAUCUCUGACAACUUUAAUGCUUUUAAAGAGACAAUUACUGAGAAAAAAGAGGAGGUUUCAUCCUGCCAGAAGCAGCUGCAGGAGUUCAAAGCUGCCGCAGGGGUGUUAAUGAAAUGGCUGGAGGAGACAAAAGAGCAAGUGCCAGUGCUUCAGCCCAACUGCAGUGAACAGGGCCUGGGAACAGACCUGCAGAAAGUCAAUGACACAAAUGCAGAGUUAGCCGAGCACGCAAAGGACAUGGAAACGCUCCAGAAACUGACUGAGGAACUCGGCAAGCUGGGUCCAGAAGGAAGCACAGCUCUUCUUCAGAGCAAGAUGCAGAACAUCUCUGACAACUUUAAUGCUUUUAAAGAGACAAUUACUGAGAAAAAAGAGGAGGUUUCAUCCUGCCAGAAGCAGCUGCAGGAGUUCAAAGCUGCCGCAGGGGUGUUAAUGAAAUGGCUGGAGGAGACAAAAGAGCAAGUGCCAGUGCUUCAGCCCAACUGCAGUGAACAGGGCCUGGGAACAGACCUGCAGAAAGUCAAUGGCUUAUUGGGCGAUUGGACCUCCAAAGCUCCUGCAGUCCAGGAUAUAAAUAGCAAAGGAUCUGCUCUAUGUAGCCUAAUCAGUGUUUUGACAUCACCGGCCAAAGCCAAGAUACGUCACAACUCAGGAUCAGCUGUCAAUAACAGUUCUGGUCCAGGCAGCCAUUCCUAUCUGACAAACCAAGAGUUGAUGCUGGUACAGCAGAACAUGUCCUACAUUAACAACAAUUACGAACAUCUGGGGGAACUCCUGAAGGCCAGGUCCUCCGAGCUCGGCGCUUUGUUAAAGAGAGUUCUAGGUGUCCAUGAUCAGGCUGAGUCUUUACGUCAGUGGAUGGAAGACACAAAGAAAACGGCAACAUCAUUGAGCAACCAUCCUUCUGGGAAAGACACAGUAAAAUCACAGAUAGAGCAACAGAAGGUCUUUGACGAUAAUAUGAAACAAAAGCAAGUGCAGCUUCAGCAGCUCAGGGAGAAUCUGCUCCGUUUAAUCGAGGAACACCCUGAUUCACCCGAGGCAGAACAGUGGAAGCACAUGCUGGCACAGAUAGACGCAGGAUGGGAGGAGGUCAGGGGCACAAUGGAGAUCCGGAAACAGCACCUGGAGGAGUCGUCCCGCAUGCUGGAGCUCUUCCAGACGACCCAGCCGCAGCUCUCGCAGUGGCUGCAGGAGAAGGAGUUGAUGAUGGGCGUCCUGGGGCCUCUGUCUGUGGAUCCAAACAUGCUUAACACACAAAAGCAGCAAGUCCAGAUUCUCCUCAAGGAGUUCGACAGCCGCAAGCCUCAGUAUGAGAAGUUAACCGAGGCGGCCACAGCCAUCGCUAGUGCGUCAGAGCAGCAGGAUCCUGCCGUAGAGCAGGUUAAAGAACAGCUGGCAUCUGUUUCCCAGAAGUGGCAGGCCCUGACAGGUCAGCUGUCUCAGAGACAUGCUCUCAUUGAGCAGGCUGUCGGUAAGACCACUCAAUUCCAGGAGCUCUUGCAAAGCCUCAGUAAAAGUGCCACUUGCCUGGAGACUGAACUUAAUAACCAGCAGGCCCUCAGCACCCAACCUGAUGAAGUCAAGAAGCAGAUUGAAGCCACUAAUACAAUCCUGGCUCAGCUACGAGAGGAGAAGAAGAGGCUGAAGGAGGCAGAAACUGUCUGCUCUGAGCUCUCUGCCAUGGUGACUGAAGAGUAUCUCAGAGCAGACUUGACAAAACAGCUUGAGGGCAUCACUAAACCAUUUAGACAACUUGAGGACAAAGCAGGAAAGCGGAUUGAGCAGCUCAACUCAGCCUUCGCCAGCUCCCAGCAGUUCCAUCAGACAUCGAAGGACUUCCAAGCCUGGCUGAAUCAGACUCUGCAGGAGCAGUGUAAGCCACAGCCCAUCUCUGCUAAUGCAGAGAAGUUAAAACAGAGUCUCAAGGAGAACAGUGCUGCUCAAAAGGCCAUUAGUGAGCAUGAAGAACCUUAUAACACCAUCAUUAAAGAGGGAGAAGCUCUCCUCCAGAGCACGGAGGGGGCAGAAAAGGUGGCCCUUCAGGGACAGCUCUCUGCUCUAAAGUCCAGCUGGGACGAUGUGAAGAAAGGUAAUGCUGAGCAAGCAGAAAAGCUUCAAGGGGCCUUGGAGAGGGCACUGAAGUACAAAGAACACUAUGAGAAACUGAGCUCAUGGUUGCAAGAGGUUGAAGACAGGGAGAAGUAUGUGAAGCUCAGCGCGAACUCGGUGGAGAUCGAGGGCUCCCUCUCGCAGUUGAAGGCCAUCCAGAAAGACGUUGAGAAGCAUAGAGGGCAAGUUGUGAUGAUGAACGCAGCUGCAGACAGCCUUCUGGAGGUAGUCACUUCAGAUGGCGAUUCGGUUAGGGAGGAGAAGGCAGCCAUUGGUAAAAAAGUGGAUAAGCUGACAGAAGAUUUAACGCUCAAAAGAGAAUCGUUAGAAAACAUCUCACAGAAGCUAAAAGAGUUCAACGACUUACAGAAGGAAGCCAAAGGGCAGCUGGAGGCUGCUAGGAAACAGCUGGAUUCUCAUUCGGCUUUGGGUGUCCAGGCCUACAGCAACAAGAACCUGACCAACAUGAACGCUCAGCAGAACAGCUUAGAGGGUGUCCACAACCAGAUUGAGCAUCUCAAAAAUGUUGCAAAAAGUCUUGUGGUAGAUGCCUCUGAGGUGGAAGGUGUGACAGACCUUCUUCUUCAGGCAGACAGCUUGGAAAAAGACCACAUGUCAAUUACCAAAAAGGUAGAGGAUGCUUGCUCCACCUUGGAGGACAAACUCCAGGGCAUUGGACAAUUCCAGAACAGUAUUCGUGAAAUGUUUGCAAACUUUACAGACCUGGACGAUGAGUUCGAUGGGAUGGCUCCUGUAGGCAGGGAUCUUGACACCUUAGGGGAUCAGCAAAGCACUAUCAAACACUUUAUUGCUAGACUUCAGGAUCUGAUGACCAACACAGCCAAUGGCAGAGACAGUUGCAAGAAGAUGCUGGAGUCAGAGGCCUCCCCAGAUCACCUGGGUCUGAAGAGAGACUUGGAAACCCUGGGCAAGCAGUGUGGAAAGCUGAUGGACCGAGCCACGGGUAGAAGAGAACAGGUUGAGGAGACCCUCAGUCAUCUGGAGGAGUUCUACGUCAAGGCGCAAGAGUUUACCCACAAACUGAGCAGUGCCGAAAAACAAGAGGAGUCCCAAGGGUCUGUUGGAUUGGAAACAGAAGUCAUUAACCAACAACUGGAGUCCUUCAAGGUUUUCCAAAAGGACAUCAUUGAGUCGCUGCAGAGCCAAUUGCAGGAGUUGAACACUCUGGGCCAGGCACUGAUCCAAAAUGCCGCCAAAGGCACCAGCACCAAAAAACUGGAUCACGAUCUAGUAGAGGCUUUAGAGGAGGAGGUUUUGGGCCAUGGUAAGAUCUUGUACCAGGCCAUGAGUCUGGGCCAGUCUCUACGGGCGGUCAGCUGUGCGGAUGACAAGGAGCUGGUGCAGGCAAAGCUUGACAUCACGCACAGCAGCUACAUCGAGCUGCAGGAGCAUUGCCGCCAGAAGGCUGAGUUAUUGCGGCAGGCCCUGGCUAAUGCGCAGCUCUUUGGGGAGGACGAAGUGGCCCUAAUGACCUGGCUCGAUGAGGUGCAUGGCAAACUGAGCGAAGUCUCGAUCCAAGACUACACGACGACUGUGCUCUCAAAACAGCAUGCUGAGCAGCUGGCUCUUCAUGAAGACAUUGAGUUGAGGAAACAAAAUAUUGAACAGGCCGUCCUAAAUGGGUUAGAACUGCUGAAACAGACCACAGGCGAUGAGGUUGUCGUCAUCCAAGGUAAACUAGAUGGAAUAAAGACGAGGUAUUCAGAGAUCAACACAAUGAGCAACAAUGUUUCAAAGACUCUGGACAAAGCCCUGUCUCUUGCCACAAAGCUGCAAAACACCCAUGAAGAGCUGAACUCCUGGUUGGAGAAGGUAGAGUCUGAGCUGGCCACGUUUACAGCUCAAGAGCCGGUCGGAGAGCAGCUCACUCACUUACAAGAGAGGCAGAAGACACUGAUGAAGGAGGUUAAGGAUCAGAAGCCACUGGUUGACUCUCUUAAUGAAGUAAGCAGCGCUCUGCUGGAACUCGUUCCAUGGCGAGCAAGAGAAGGCUUGGACAGGAUGGUCACAGAUGACAAUGAGCGCUACAGAACGGCCAGCGAUGCCAUUACACAGCAUGUAGACCAGACCGGAGCUGCCAUCUUAAAAUCCCAGCAGUUUGAGCAGGCUGCCACCACUGAGCUUGAGUGGCUGACGGAGGCAGAGAGGAAGUUGUCAUGCCUUGGGGACGUCAGGCUUGAGCCGGAGCAGACCACAGCUCAGUUACAGGCUCAGAAGAGCUUCUCCAUGGACAUUAUGAGACACAAAGAUGCUGUGGAUGCCAUUGUGAAGACCAGCGAGGUCAUUAUGAACAGCAAAGAUGAGGCAGAGAAGCAAGCGCUGAGGAUGAAGCUCCAGACACUGUCAGAGAAAUACAAUGUGGUUAGUCAGCUGAAUUCGGAGCGCUGUCUGCAGCUGGAGAGAGCUCAUUCUCUGGCCUCCCAGUUCUGGGAAACGUACGAUGAACUCUGGCCAUGGCUGCAGGAGACCAGGACUACCUUCACUCAGCUGUCCCAGCCGGCUAUUGAGUACGAAGCGCUUCGACAGCAACAAGAGGAGCUGAGGCAAAUGAGGGAGCUGAUAGCAGAGCACAAGCCACACAUCGACAAGAUGAAUAAAACUGGACCUCAGCUUGUGGAGUUGAGUCCCACUGAAGGGCUGCCAAUUAGAGAGAAAUACGAGACCUCAGAAAAACUGUACAGCCAGCUGAAAGUCAACGUCAAGCACAGAGCAGCUGCCCUGGAUGAGGCCAUCUCCAAAUCCACUCAGUUCCAUGAUAAGAUAGACCCCAUGCUGGAGUCUCUGGAGCGCAUCGCUGAACGCCUGCGCCAGCCUCCAUCCAUCUCUGUCGAGGUGGAGAAGAUCCGAGAGCAGAUAUCGGAGAACAAAGCGGUGAAUGUAGACCUGGAGAAACUUCAGCCGUCCUAUGAGACCCUCAUGCAGCGAGGAGAGGAGAUGAUCGCUCGCUCCGAAGGAGCAGACAAGGACCUUUCAGCCAAAGCUGUUCAAGAUAAGCUGGACCAGAUGGUGUUUCUAUGGAAUGACAUCCAAGCUCUUCUGGAGGAAAGAGAGGCCAAGCUCCUGGAUGUCAUGGACUUAGCUGAGAAGUUCUGGUGUGAUCACUGUGAUUGUUUCGAUUUCAAAGGUGAUGCGUACCAGCUACAGAUCGAGAUGGAAAGGCUGAACCAUCAGACCGGACUCCUGCUGAAGAAGGUGGUAGAGGAAGCCGACCGCACUUCCAUCCUGGAGCCAAUGAAUGAGCUGAAAAUGCUCUGGGAAAACCUGGAUAAAAAGAUCAUCAACAGACAGCACAAGCUGGAGGGAGCGCUGUUGGCUCUAGGGCAGUUCCAGCAUGCUUUAGAUGAACUUCUGGCUUGGCUCACUCAUACUGAAGAGCUGCUUAAUGAACAGAGGAAGGCCUGCGGCGACCCCAAAGCCAUCGAGAUCGAGCUCGCAAAGCACCACGUGUUGCAGAACGAUGUGCUGGCCCAUAAGACCACGGUGGAGGCAGUGAACAAGGCCGGCAGUGACCUCAUUGAUUCCAGUGCUGGAGAGGAGGCGCGAGGUCUGCAGAACAAGCUGGAGAACCUCAACCAGCGCUGGAGGACUAUCCUGGAGAAGACGGAGCAGAGAAGACAGCUUCUGGACAGUGCCCUGCUGCAGAGCAUGUUUGACUCAGUGGAUAUUAUGGAAGGCAAACUGGAUUCGAUGUCGCCCGUGGGCACGGACCUGGAGACUGUGAAACAGCAGAUCGAGGAGCUGAAGGAGUUCAAAGGUGAUGCGUACCAGCUUCAGAUCGAGAUGGAAAGGCUGAACCAUCAGACCGGGCUGCUGCUGAAGAAGGUGGUAGAGGAAGCCGACCGCACUUCCAUCCUGGAGCCAAUGAAUGAGCUGAAAAUGCUCUGGGAAAACCUGGAUAAAAAGAUCAUCAACAGACAGCACAAGCUGGAGGGAGCGCUGUUGGCUCUAGGGCAGUUCCAGCAUGCUUUAGAUGAACUUCUGGCUUGGCUCACUCAUACUGAAGAGCUGCUUAAUGAACAGAGGAAGGCCUGCGGCGACCCCAAAGCCAUCGAGAUCGAGCUCGCAAAGCACCACGUGUUGCAGAACGAUGUGCUGGCCCAUAAGACCACGGUGGAGGCAGUGAACAAGGCCGGCAGUGACCUCAUUGAUUCCAGUGCUGGAGAGGAGGCGCGAGGUCUGCAGAACAAGCUGGAGAACCUCAACCAGCGCUGGAGGACUAUCCUGGAGAAGACGGAGCAGAGAAGACAGCUUCUGGACAGUGCCCUGCUGCAGGCUCAAGGUUUCCAUGGUGAGAUUGAAGACAUGCAGCGGUGGCUGAAAGACACAGAGCGUCAGCUGUUAGCAUCAAAGGCCCUCGGAGGCUUACCAGAAACGGCCCGAGAGCAGCUUAACACCCAUCUGGAGCUCUGCAGUACACUGGAAGCCAAGGAGGAAAUAUAUAAGCAGCUUCUUGACCGAGGGCAGCAGAUUUUGGCCUUGACCCCUGAGGGUCAAGACAGCACCACUGAACUGGACCUACGCAACCUGCAGGAGAAGUGGGAAUGUGUUCAGACCAAAGUGACAGAGAGGAAGGUGAAACUGGAGGAGGCUCUGGCGAUGGCCACAGACUUCCAUAACUCACUACAGGAUUUCAUAAACUGGCUGACGCAGGCCGAACAGACCCUUACUAUGGUCUCCCCUGCCUCCCUCAUCCUGGAGACCGUCAUGUUCCAGAUAGAUGAGCAUAAGGUGUUUGUGACUGAGGUGAACUCACAUCGGGAUCAGAUCAUCGAGCUGGAUAAGACAGGAACACACCUCAAGUACUUCAGUCAGAAACAGGACGUGGUGUUGAUCAAGAACCUCCUGCUGAGCGUUCAAGGCCGCUGGGAGAAGGUCGUGCAGAGAUCAGUGGAGAGAGGACGCCUGCUGGACGAUGCCAGGAAACGUGCCAAACAGUUCCAUGAGACCUGGAACAAACUGAUGGAGUGGCUGGAAGAGUCCGAGAGAGCGCUGGACUCUGAGCUGGAGAUCGCUAAUGAUCCGGACAAGAUCAAGAUGCAGUUAUCCCAGCACAAGGAGUUCCAGAAAACUCUGGGCAGCAAGCAUUCGGUGUGUGACACCACCAGUCGCACGGGCCGAGCUUUGAAGGACAAGACCUCCUUGCAAGAUGACAACCAGAAACUGGACGACAUGCUCAGUGAGCUCAGGGACAAAUGGGACACAGUCUGCGGGAAAUCUGUGGAGAGGCAGAAUAAGCUGGAGGAGGCUCUGCUGUUCUCAGGUCAGUUCACAGACGCACUGCAGGCUCUCAUCGACUGGCUCUAUAAAGUGGAACCACAGCUUGCUGAAGAUCAGCCCGUGCAUGGAGACAUAGACCUCGUGCUGAACCUCAUCGACAGCCAUAAGGUGUUCCAGAAAGAGUUGGGCAAAAGGACUGGCAGCGUGCAGGCUUUGAAGCGCUCGGCCCGUGAGCUUAUUGAGAGCAGCCACGAUGACUCGUCCUGGGUCAAAGCUCAGAUGCAAGAGCUGAGCACGCGCUGGGAGACGGUGUGCAGCCUCUCUGUGUCCAAACAGACACGGCUCGAGCAGGCACUGUGUCAGGCUGAGGAGUUCCACUCCACUGUUCAUAUCUUACUGGAGUGGCUUGCAGAGGCCGAGCAGAGCCUUCGCUUCCACGGUGCCUUGCCUGACGAUGAAGAAGCCCUCCGCGCACUCAUUGAACAGCACAAGGAGUUUAUGAAGAAGCUGGAGGAGAAGCGACUGGCCCUGAAUAAAGCCACAAGCAUGGGAGAGGCAAUCCUGUCCAUCUGCCACCCAGACUCCAUCACCACCAUCAAACACUGGAACACCAUCAUCAAAGCACGGUUUGAGGAGGUAACAGCCUGGGCACGUCAGCACCAGCAGAGACUCUCCAGUGCUCUGGCCGAACUGCUGGCCACGCAAGAACUGCUGGAGAACCUGCUGAACUGGCUAAAGUGGGCUGAAACCACACUCGGCGAGAAAGACAAGGAACCUCUUCCUCAAGAGUUAGAGGAAGUCAAAUCGCUCAUCGCUGAGCACCAGACAUUCAUGGAAGAGAUGACCAGAAAUCAACCAGACGUGGAUAAAAUCACCAAAACUCAUAAGAGAAAAGCCACAGCGGAUCCUCCGGUUCAGUCUCAAAUCCCUAUUCUAGGGAAAGGACGAACAGCCAGAAAGAGAUCCCCUACACAAUCCAUGUACACCGCAGCAUCACAGGCACAAAUCGAGACUAAGAACCCCCGAGUGAACCUGCUGGUCAGUAAGUGGCAGCAGGUGUGGCUGCUGGCGCUGGACAGGAGGAGGAAGCUCAACGAUGCUCUGGACAGACUAGAGGAGCUGAAAGAGUUUGCCAACUUUGACUUUGAUGUAUGGAGGAAACGCUACAUGCGCUGGAUGAACCACAAGAAAUCGCGCGUCAUGGAUUUCUUCCGUCGUAUUGAUAAAGACCAGGAUGGCAAAGUCACAAGGCAGGAAUUCAUCGAUGGCAUCCUAUCCUCAAAGUUCCCCACCAGUCGUCUGGAGAUGAGCGCUGUGGCAGACAUCUUUGAUCGUGAUGGCGACGGCUACAUCGACUACUAUGAGUUUGUGGCUGCUUUACAUCCCAACAAAGAUGCUUACAAACCAUUAACCGAUGCUGACAAAAUUGAAGAUGAGGUGACUCGCCAAGUUGCAAAGUGCAAGUGUCCGAAACGGUUCCAAGUAGAGCAGAUUGGCGCCAACAAAUAUCGGUUCUACCUUGGAAAUCAGUUUGGUCUCGUUCACUGCUUACAUGACCCCUUAAUCACCGAUGAGACUUUAACAAACAGGGACAAUCAAAAUCUAACCCCCCAUCUACACGUUGCCGUUUUGGAAAGCUGUAUCCUGGUAAAUGGUCAAUCUUAAAGCCGUUUGUUGUGAUUCUCUUUACUAUUUGAUCAUGCUUCAAAAUUCAUCUUCUCCUCCCCCCAAUCACCAAAUUCACCAAUGGUAUCGAUUCACUCUGGGUAUCACUUCUAGAAUAAAGGGCUUGCAGGCCAGAGAGAUGCUCAGCGGGUCACCAUCAGUGUGUCGGUCAUGUUGAUUUUCAGCGAGUCGAUCUCAGCCAUUCUUCCAUAUUGUUCCUAUUGUGUGUGGUUGGAAUCGAGCAUCAGUGUCAACACACGCAUCCUCUAUGAGAAUGGUAGUUUGUAGUUCUAGACGGUGCAACUUCUGUAUGCAUAUUUGGUUUGUGGAAAGACUUUCUCAUAUGGUAUGAUUUAUAUUUUCUUUUUGUUUUGUUUUUUGAACAGAAAGCAUGAGGCCAUAAUUUUCUGUGUUGUGAAAUCCGUAUGCCUUGGCCAUAUCCAACUGGCAACAAUCAUUUGGAUGCAACUCAUUUGGCUUGUUGUUUUCUUUAGCUCCUAUCUUUGGCAUGGAGGGUGUAGGGGAAUGCUGUAGAGUUAUGCCCAAGUGUUCCCCUAUGCAGGAAAACAGAGCCUCAGCAAGUGUAGAAUGAACUUAUAGCACACCCUAGUGGACACACUGAUCACAGUCCUGUCCACCUUGUCUUAAAAGUGCACUAAGCAGCUUUUUCUAUUGUAAUAAAGUUUCACGCAUAAAGAAAUUGAUCAAAUUGUCAAAUGUUUAACAUGACGUUUACUCA